AUGGCGCCCUCAACCUCGGAAGCCACCACGACCCUCAACGCCAAACUCCAAACCACCCUCCCGAACCCCAUCGCCGACAAGAUCCCGCACAUCCCCGAGUCCAAGGACGAGCUGAAGGCCGACACGAAGGCCGCCGCCUCCGGCCUAGCCUCUCAGCUCCGCUCCCUCGCUGCCGGCGGCUUCGGCGGCGUCUGCGCCGUCGUCGUCGGCCACCCCUUCGACCUCGUCAAGGUCCGCCUGCAGACCGCCGACAAGGGCGUCUACUCCUCGGCCAUCGACGUCGUCAAAAAGAGCAUCGCCCGCGAUGGCCUGCGGAGGGGCCUGUACGCCGGUGUCUCGGCGCCCUUGGUCGGUGUCACGCCCAUGUUCGCUGUAUCCUUCUGGGGCUACGACGUGGGCAAGUCCCUCGUCCGCUCCUCCUCGUCCGACCCCUCGGCCCCUCUCUCCAUCGCCCAGGUCUCGGCGGCCGGCUUCUUCUCCGCCGUGCCCAUGACCGCCAUCACGGCUCCCUUUGAGCGCGUCAAGGUCAUCCUCCAGGUCCAGUCCCAGCGCCUGAAGCCCGGCGAGGCCCCCAAGUACGCCGGCGGCCUCGACGUCGUCCGCCAGCUAUACGCCGAGGGCGGCCUGCGCUCCGUCUUCCGCGGCAGCGCCGCCACCCUCGCCCGCGACGGCCCCGGCAGCGCCGCCUACUUCGCCGCCUACGAGUACAUCAAGCGCCGCCUGACGCCCAAGGACCCCGUCACGGGCAAGCCGUCCGGCGAGCUGAGCCUGCUCGCCAUCACGGCCGCCGGCGCCGCCGCUGGUGUCGCCAUGUGGAUUCCCGUGUUCCCCGUCGACACCGUCAAGUCGCGCCUGCAGACCGCCGAGGGCAACGUCACGCUCGGCGGCGUCGUGCGGGAGGUCUACGGUCGCGGCGGCGUCAAGGCCUUCUUCCCCGGCUUCGGGCCCGCGCUCGCAAGAGCCGUGCCGGCCAACGCCGCCACCUUUUUGGGUGUCGAGCUGGCGCACCAGGCCAUGAACAAGGCCUUUGGUUAA